AUGAGGAAGUUCAUCUGGUCCGAAAUUGGCAACGGUUCGGCUACUUCAGCAUGGUUCGAUACAUGGAGUGACGUAGGGCCGCUGGAUCAGAUCCUAUCUCCUAGAGUUAUUGCUAAUGCGGGGUUUAACAUGGAUUCUAAGGUGUCCGAUAUUUAUUCAGAUAAUUCUUGGAGGUGGCCAGAUGCUUGGAGGGAUAUUUAUCCGGUUCUUAUUCAGCUUGAUCAGUUGUCUUUGGAUCCGAAUAAGUCUGACAAACUCAUGUGGCGACAAGGGGAUUAUAAACAUGACUUUUCUUCGACUCGAGCUUGGGAUUCGAUUCGGCAUCAAGAAGUGGAGAUUGAUUGGUGUCGUAUUGUGUGGUUUGGUUAG